AUGCUUCGGUCGGUGAAGCGCCAUCCAGUAGCUCGUGCCCCGCCGGAGUGUCACAUUCGACCCAUGAACGGGGACAUCCUCAGCAGCCUCAAGAGCCCCAGGUCGAUCCGCCCGCGGAUCCCCAAACGCACCGUUGAGGAGGCCACCAAAUGGCGCGGUCUGAGCCAGUACCUGUCUGGGAUACCCGAAGUUGGCACUUGGACGGCAGAGACUGAGCAGCGUGCUGGUAGGCGUGGCACAGGAAGGUCGGGGAAGGGCAGAGUAACUGAAAAUACGGCGGUGGCAAAGUAUGCAUGCCAAGAAUCGCGGGACCGGGAGGCGAACAUCGUCGGAAGAAGGGUUGAAACCAAGCCCUCUCCCGCUGUCUUCACCGCCCUACUCAAGAUGGAGGCUCACCUUCCAAUUCUUUCCUCCCGCAACCCAUGGGUCGGUGAUUGGCCCUUGAAUGAGUAUUUGAUCCUAAGCGGCCGAAGUUGCGGGUUGCAAGCAACACAGAAGAGGCGGUGUGCUCUUGCCUCGCGAGAGGAAGGGUUCAUUUUGGAGAGGGGGUUGAUCGUCACCAUUCAAUACGUGGUCUAUUUCACGGGCAACGCUGGGAGUGACAGUCGCCUCGCUAUGACGGACAGAAGCACGCGCGCGGAAUGUGGUGGUAUACCCCGCAGCGCAGCUCAACUUCACGGUCGAGCGGAGGACAAGCGCAAGCAGCUGCGCUCCCGUUCCCCGCACGUCCAACGCGCCGCCUGUCUGGGCUUCAAACUACCGUGGAAAGACCAUGCAGUGAUCAACGUAGAUGGUCAUACAGAGAACGGACUCAAGCUUUCUCUCCCCGCCCGAACAAAAGCUAUUCGCCCAGAGAAACGUGCCAUCAGGAUUGCAGGAGUGCACGCUUCUUAUCACAACGCAGGUUCUAGUAAACCCAUAUCCACAAUCACAUCCUCUUCGCCAUUAUGCUUGGAGCUUCUCCCAGCACGCCAUGGUUCAAGGUCUCCCAGCUCGAGGUUCUCAUCUCGCGCGCGUGCGAGCCUACGCACACCGAGCCCAAUUAUGCGGCUCAGCUAGAGGUCGCGGAGUAUAUCAAUCGGAAGAAGGCCAAUACCCCACGCGAUGCCGCCCAGAUGAUCGCCCGCCUCGGCAACCACCGCAACCCGCAUCUCGCCCUCCUCGCGCUCGACCUCCUCAGCACACUGGUUGGCAAAUGCGGCUACCCGUUCCACCUGCAAAUCGCGACCAAAGACUUCCUCAACGAGCUCGUGCGGCGCUUCCCCGAGCGCCCGCCCCCGUUCCCGAACCCCGUCAUGGGCCGCAUCCUCGAGCUCAUCCGCGAAUGGAAGGAAGGCAUCUGCGUCAACUCGCGCUGGAAGGAGGACCUGGGCAAUAUCCGGGAUAUGUAUCGGCUGUUGGUGUUUAAGGGGUACAGGUUCAGGGAAAGCAGGAGGGGGGAGGCGGCUGUCGCGCAGACGGAGAUGGACUUGAAAUCAGCACAUGAGCUUGAGUCACUCGAUCGCGAGGCGCAGUCUGCGAAGUUGCAGGAACUGAUCCGCCGCGGGACGCCUCGGGAUCUCGCAGCCGCGCAGGAACUCAUGAAGGCGCUUGCUGGAGCCGAGCCAGAAAAGAAGCCAGAUUAUCGAUCGCUUGCACUCGAUGAGCUCGCCAAGGUCGAGAGCAAGGUGAUACUGUUGAGUGAGAUGCUCGACAACGUGGACGAACGGAAUGGCGAGCAGUGUGUCAAGGGUGACGCGUAUGAUCAAGUCGCGACGAUCCUCAAGAACGCGCGGCCGAAGCUGCAGAAGUGGAUAGCAGACGCGGAGUCGGAGGAUGAUCCCGAAUCGCUCGGCACCUUCCUCACCCUCAACGACCAAAUCAACACCGUCCUCGCGCGCCAAGACGCCUUCGAGCAGGGCAACUUCGAGGCCGUGCGCAACCUCGCCACCGCCGCUGCCGAACCUGGCGCACCCAACUCCUCGUCCAACACCGGCGGGAGGUCGCUCAUCGACUUUGACGAUCUCGACUUUGGCGCGGGCGGGAGCUCGUCGCCGCCAGCUGCAAGUGCCAACAGAAAUGGGAGCGGCGGCAUCGACGAUCUUUCGGGCCUGUUCGCUACUUCUUCGCCGCUUCAGCAGCAACCAGGCUCGAGCGGUAUGGGGGGAGGCAUGGGCAUGGGUAUGGGUGGCAUGAACAAUAUGGGAGGAAUGGGCAGGGGCGGCAUGGGCUCGAGCACGUCCCCGCCCCCAGUCAACGCCUCCACGCGCCCACAGAUUCCCGGCGCCGGCGGCUCCGCGUCCGGCUACGCGCCGUCGUACUUCCCGCAUCAGAUGGGCUCGGGCUCGAUUGCGCUCGCGACGACGCCCAAAUCGGGCAGCCCUGCGCCGUCUGGGGGGCCUGGGACGACUACUCCUGCGAUGGGUGGGAGUGCGUUUGGUGGGAUGGGCAUGGGCAUGGGCAUGGGCGGUGGGAUGGGCAUGGGCGCGCCGAUGGCGCCUGCUCGGCCGGGCGCGUCGAGUCAGAGUGCAGUGCCGGCGACGAGUACGGGACCGCAGAGCGCUGGCAAGGAUCCAUUUGCGGAUCUCGCUGGGCUGUUUUAGUUCCGGUACCGCCGUUGCACAUCGCUGUACUUUUGCAAAUUUGCAUUGCGCGGAGGACAAGGGUGAUUUGGAUGUAGAUUCACGGGAGUUGGUGGGUUAUGGCUUUUGGAUGUCGGUUAGGUACGAAUAUUGUAAUAGCUGGUGGCGAUCUAGAUGUAUUGAACAUGCUGGCGCCAGCUGGACAUGGGCAACGAGUUGUGGGCACUGUAUGAGGUCGUUUGUACAGUUUGCAACUACAGCGCCCCGGUAACGAG